AUGGAGGCUCGCCGUGGAGAAAAUAUUGUUAGAUUAGGACCUCGAAUCCCCUCGGCCAUUUAUGGGGUGAUGGACACGACAAUGAAUAUCAAAAUACCGAGCCGCGUGGUUGAGCCACGAGCAGAUUCGACAUCAAGUAGUGAUGCAACAGCUACCAGCAAAUCAUGCGGUGAAAACCCGUGUGAGCUGGGUGUAAGCGGUAAAACCUUUACGCUGCCAAUUGUCCUUGGUGUGGUAAUUCCAGUAGUGGGCGCAAUUAUCCUUUUGAUUAUCCUCACACGAAGACAUGCCCGAAAACAGCGUGAAGAAGAUGCUAACGACCGACACGCUUCCAUGGACUUUGGACUGGGCAACGUUCCUCAACAUCGUCCAAAGAAGGCGCCAAUGAUGGCGGAAACCGCUGGUAUGGAAGAGAAGGAAUACGGAAGUCGCCGUCAAGUGUCGAUGGACCUGGGAGUAAACAGUCCAUAUCUUCUUCCUCCGGAGUUGCAAAACUCCCGCGAGUCGCUUCACUCGCUUUCCAGAACCAUUCAUCAAAAUGAGGACCCAUACCGACCAGUCACCCAGUACUAUCAAGGAGACGGCCAGUCCGUGCGAUCCCAAAAGAAUGGCUCCUCAAUCUACACUGGCUCCAGCGCCGCACCAUCUAGAAUGCAAGAGGUCGCGCCUGUAGAUCUGACCGCCUUACCAAAAUCCGCUCCUCAAGUAUUUGUACCACCACCACGACAAAACUCUUUACCUCAAAGCAAUGCAUCGAUGAGUCCAGUAGACAAGAUGGCACCAGCAUUACCAUACCCAGGAGAACUCCAACAACCUGAACCUGUACACCUUCAGCAGCCUACUCUUCCUGAGGUCUCAAGAAAAGACGUACCCAACUCUCGUCUUCCCGCGUCUCCUCGUCCAGGCCACGGUCUCGCACCUUCGCCAAUUGCUCCUGAUGCCGCCCGAGAAUCUUACGCCAGUACUAGUAACAAUUAUCUCGGGGCUCUAAUCGACUCAACCCCAGCUCCAGUAACUCAAUCUACCCUAGCAAAACCACAGGUCCCAAAUGCUCUUCCUUCCAGCCCUCGUCCUCCUCCCAAGAAUUCGGUCGUUGCACCGCCAGCGGACAACGACUAUGGUGACGGUUUCAAAGUUACACCUCCAUCACCUGGUCGUGAGGAGACUAUUCGUGGCCAACGGUAUUCUAUGGACGUUCCUCCAGAAGAAUUUGCGCACGCAGGAUUAGGAGCACCUGGUUUCGAUCCAAAGCGCCUUUCAAUGGGCUUUCGUCCACUACCUCCAGACGCCGUCACUGAUGUCGAUGAUCCAGAGCUCAGAGCUAACAGGAUCCGAUCGUUUUACAAAGAGUACUUUGACGAAUCCAAACCAGAACCCGCUGGACAGUACUACGAAGAUUACGAUGAGAACUACCUAGGUGAUGCGGCUUAUUUCGAUCCUGAGAGUAACGCCUUCGUCAUGCCGUAUGCUGAGCCAGUCUCAAGACAAGCAAUGACCCCACCGCCGGGCGGCCGUAGACCAGGACCAGGAGGACCGCGAUUCAUGGGGCCUCGUCCUCGAAAUGGCUCUAUGGGUGCAAUGAGCGUUGGAGGUGUCCCAAGAGGCCGCGGUCCACCCCCAGGAUCAAGAGCUUUCUCAUCUGCCUCUGGACGUAUGGCUCCCCCUGGCCAAAAACCCAAAAAGCAAAUGCCCCCACCACAAGCCCUCACCACGCUUCCUACGCCCUCUAAGAUGGCAGAAAAUGCUUUCGAUCUUAUGAAUCCGAUGGACUUCGCCCCUCCACCAACGAUCCGUGACCGUCAAUACGGUCGGUCGCAGAGCCCAUUUGGAGAGAGAAAGGCUUUCUCGCCAACCACUGCUAUUUUCAACCCAACUGUCAGCGCGUUUGACGACCUUGCCCCUAUGCCUAGCCCACAUUUGCUUAGAAAAUCUGGAACCUUUACGGGACUAGACUUUGCUCCACCAAAAAGAAUCAGAGAUCCUGAUAGCAUGAGCGAUGCAGGAAGCAUUCGAAGCAACCGAAGUGGAGUUUCUCAAGUGCAACUCAGCGCUAUUCGCAAUGGAGCAUAUCGUGCAAGCCGAAUUCCAAAAGAGGCUGUCUUUACCAAAGAUGACAUGGCUUCUCAGCUCAAACCUUCAUGGGGUAUGCGAGCUGACAAGUAA